CUUUUGCAAAAUAUUAGAUAGAUACGAUACACUAUUAUCUUAUACAAAAUUCACCAUCUCCUCUCUUUCCCUACCCUUUCUCUCCACUUUCCCAGAAACCCUAGCUAAUUCAACACCUUUUCUUUUCCAAAAAAGAACCAUAUAUAUUUCUAAAACUAACAGUCUGUGUGUGUGUGUAGAGAUAGAUAAUAUGGGAAACUGCUUUCCAAAACCUGUCAAUAAUCUCUCAAGCACUAAUCAUAUUCCCACCCCAGUAAUUAUUCUGAGUGAUGAGAAAAAGAAAGAAGCCAUGAUCCCGUCAACGGCUGAGGAAAGGGGGAGAAUAGUGACACCAAAGUUGAAGUGUUUCACGUAUUCUGAGCUCCGAAGCGCCACGAAGAACUUCCGGCCGGACACCAUGCUCGGAGAAGGUGGUUUUGGAAGGGUUUUCAAAGGAUGGGUAGACCGUGAAACAUACGCGCCGUCCAAGGCCGGUGUUGGCCUUGCUGUCGCCGUCAAGAAAUCAAAUACCGACAGCGCUCAAGGUCUCAAAGAGUGGCAGGCAGAAGUGAAUUUUUUGGGAAAAUUCAGCCAUCCAAAUCUUGUUAAAUUAGUGGGAUAUUGCUCAGAAGACAGAGAAUUUCUUCUGGUAUAUGAAUAUAUGCAAAAGGGUAGUCUUGAAAAUCAUCUUUUCAAAAGUCCUGAACCACUUCCAUGGAGUACAAGGAUUAAAAUUGCUACUGGAGCAGCACAAGGGCUUGCUUUUUUGCAUACUACAGAAAAAACUGUUAUUUACAGAGAUUUUAAGUCUGCAAAUAUUUUAUUAGAUGGGGAUUUUAACGCGAAGCUCUCAGAUUUUGGACUGGCGAAAUUGGGUCCCUCAAAUGGCGCUUCCCAUGUAUCGACGCGUGUCGUAGGUACAUACGGUUAUGCGGCUCCAGAAUACAUAGCCACCGGUCAUUUAUAUGUCAGGAGUGACGUGUAUGGCUUCGGAGUGGUAUUGUUGGAAAUGAUAACAGGUCUACGUGUAGUCGACACUAAUCGGCCAGGCUCACAACAUAACUUGGUGGACUGGGCUCGACCAGCAUUGGGCGACAAGAAAAAACUGCAAAAAAUGAUGGACCCACGGCUAGAAAACGAUUACCCGUCAAAAGGUGCACGUAAAGCCGCGGAGCUCAUCUUGAGAUGUCUGGAACACGACCCAAAAAACCGGCCUUCAAUGGAAGAAGUUGUGGUGAGUUUACAAGAGAUCAGUGAUAUCAAAACAAAACCAAAGGACCAUACAACCCAAUCAACAGGCCCACACCGUGCUGGUCGUUAUCAAUCGCCCCACAGGUCUCCGCUCCAUGGAGGUCGCCGUUGACUAAAUAGGUCAACAAACCAUCUUUAGGUGGUCCUGGAGACAAGUGGUUCUAAAAACGUUUUAAAACACUGUCUAAAAGGUCCAACGAAAUAGCCAAAUUAGAGGUAUUGUAGAAAGUUGUGAAAGGUGAAUUAUGUUGUUUGAUUAUGUAUAUUUCAAGUGUAACUCUUUUAAAUUUAAUUUGUGAACAUCCCAUUUUGCCCCUUGUAUAUGAUAACAUAUAAUAUCAAAGAGUUAAAUUA